AUGGCUAAAAACAGAAAAUGCAUUCUGUGUGAGACUGUCUGCAUCUCUAGACAGGAAAUGGAGGAACACAUGCGAAGUAUGCUGCACCACAGAGAGCUGGAAAAUUUGAAAGGCCGGGACUGUGGCCACAAAUGCCGGGUGUGUAAGGUGACGGUGGUGAGCCUAACGGACUACGCCAGCCACAUCUCCAGUCCCACACACAAAGAAAAGGUGGAAGAUUUUGAACGCAUCCCGGCUCGCAAUGCCCCUGAUGAGGAAUAUUUUGACAAGGAUCUGGUGAAGCUGAUCGAGAGGAGAAAUGAGCAAAUGAGAAUGGAAAAGGAGAUGGCCGCUGCAAAGCUCGCUCAUGAAGAAGCUGAACGGAAGAGGAAGGAGGAGUUCCAGCGGAGAUUGAAGGAAACAAAAGAGCGCUUCCGAUUCGAAAUGCACCAUCCGGCCAACUUUAACGAGUCCCAGGCCGGUUCAUGGCACAGGGGCAACCAGUACGGCACCAACCCUGGGCAAAUGCAAAACAUGAGGCCCUGGCAGCAGAAUAAAUGGGGAAAGAGCUCCACCUGGCAUGCACAGGCGCCGCCCAACCCCAAGAACUUCAACAAAGUGCCACCUCCAUGGAUCAGCAAUGCAGGCAGCAGCAACGGUGUUUACGGGUGCAAUAACAUAUCCCAAAAUUUCCUUCUAAAAAAGGAUUUGACAAAGCACGGUAUUCCAAACAAGCCCAACCUGAACAUCGCAAGACGAGUCAGAAAUCUGAGCGGGUCGAAGAAGAGCGACACUGACAAAGACACUGGACUGAAGCCCACCGUCCGACAGCUCAUCAGCUCCUCCGGCUCCCGGAGAAAUGUUAACUGGGAUCAGGUCUAUAAUGAGGUCAGGAAGAAGCAGGACAAGGGCAAAGGCAUGCCAAGGUUUGGAAUAGAAAUGGUGCCUAUGGACCAAGAGUGUCACAGUCAAGAGGAGGAUGACUUCCUUCUGCUGCAGGGCUUCCAAUGGGACUCUCUGCCAGAUGUCCAAACUCACCCUGCCUCCCGAAAACGCUCACUAUCCGAGAGCAGCAUUGCCCCAACACCAAAUAAUCUUUUUUUGGACGACAUGGUAGUGAUUAAAUCAGAGCCCCAGGAGCUGCCCCAGGAGCUGCCCCAGGAGCUGCCCCAGGACCUGUGUGAAGUUGAGGAUGCUCUGCAGAGAGGGACCAAGCUGCUGCAGAGGCAGGAUUCUGUCCUCUGUGAGAGCAGCUCUGGAACAGAGAUGUGUGAUGGGCAGGGGACGGCCAAGAAGAGAAGAGCAACACGAGAUGUGGCUCACCCUGGGACAUCUUCUUUGGAGCAUCACACCAAAAGAAGGAAAAUAAAAUCCAAAAAAGGUGCAGAGCCCUCUCAUAUUGAGGAGCUGUUGGCGGUGUCUUUGCGUGAGGAUGAGCUCAGUCAGUCCCUCAUAGGUUUGGACACAAACUUAAUGAAUGCUCGGGCCACUCUGGAAGCCGCCUACAUGGAGGUGCAGAGGCUGAUGAUGACCAAGCAACAGUUGACAACAGAGAUGAGCACAUUGAGAAACAAGCGUAUUGAGUUGCUUAAAGGGAUGAAAGGCAAUGCAGAAGUUGUCCCUGAGAGGACAGCUGAAUCCAACGUACACCUCUCCUCCACUCCUCUGUGUGGGACCAAUCCUCGUGCCUCUUUGGCCGUCAAAGAGGAGCCCCGGUCCCCUGUCCACAUUGAAUCUGCCACCUGUGCCCAUAGCACCACAUCAGAUGUGAUCUUUGCUGAAUCAGUCCCAGCAGAGGUAGCAAACUGCUCUCUUCCAUCUUCUGAAAAAUGGUCUGAGCUGUGUCAAAGACGCCCUGAACCAGAGCAAGAUGAGUUUGGAGAAUCUGUGGACUCCAAAGAGAGUUUAGCUGAAUUGGUGCUGUCCAUAGAGAAAGGCAUUCAAGCAUCGCAAAGUCACGCCGAGCCGAGCACUAACGAUAAAAUGCUGAAACCACGUCGCCGGAACUCUGAGAUGGGGGGUUUCGUAGAAAGUACGGCUCCGCCAUCACUCGACACAUCCCCUGUGUUCAAUGUGCCCGCUUCCCCAUCCGACCUGCAGAGCCGAAAGAAGGUGAGGAAGCUGAAGAAGAGGAAACUGCUGAAGAAGGCGCUGAGUUCUGAAGUGGUCGAGAGCAGCGACACGGAGAUGGACUCUGAGGCGUCGAGGCCCAGAUGUCCUCGCCCCAAGAGGAGAGGCAGCGGAGGGUCCCAGGUCAGUACAUCCAACCAGCAGACAGAAGAGAGGGACGAGGAUGUCAAAAUGGAGGAUUCAGAGGAGCUUGUCGAGAGAGAGCAUCCAAAAAGUAAAACCAAACAGCCCUGUGUGACGCCCAGUCUGGUAUCAGUGAAGUCUGAACCACAGACGAACACACAAGGCUUCGGAAGUCCAGCCCAGAACCCGGACUCCAACAAACCAGAGGCCCAACAUGUAGAGAUCAGCUCCACCAGCGAUAUGGAGACGUCCCCUGCUGCAGACAGUGAUGUCCAGGGGAGCUUCACUCUCCAAGUUGGGAAAACGUCAUCAGAUGCUUCCUCUGACCAUGGGGACGAUGACUUGCCCACAGAAGGAGUGUUUGAGGGCCACAUCGAGGCGGUGAACUCUUUACAAAUCCACGACGGGCUGCUGUACACCUGCUCCGGAGACCGCACUGUCAGGGCUUUUGACAUUGUGAGUCAUAAAUGCGUGGCGGUGUUUGAAGGCCACAGCUCCAAAGUGAACGCUCUGUUGUUGUCCGUGGGGCCCAGUCUCCCUCCACGUCUUUACACCGGCUCCAGCGACCAGACCCUUUGCUGUUACAGUCUUACGACGCAUAAGUUGGAGGAGCAGUUCUCUAUGUCAGAUCGAGUCCUUUGCCUCCACAGCCGCUGGAAGAUCCUGUUCGCUGGGCUUGCUAACGGCACAGUGGUCACUUUUUGCCUCAAGAAGAACAGACAGCUGGAUAUGUUCGAGUGCCACGCUCCACGAGCUGUGAGCUGUUUGGCCUCGUCACAGGAGGGAGCACGGCGCCUCCUGCUGGUGGGAUCAUAUGACAGCACCAUCAGUGUGAGGGACGCCAAGAACGGCCUCCUGCUGCGUACGCUGGGGGGACACAGCAAAACUGUUCUCUGUAUGAAGGUGGUGAAUGAGCUGGUGUAUAGUGGAUCCAGUGAUCAGUGUGUCUAUGCUCACAAUAUGCAUACGGGGCAUCUGCUGCGUGUGUACAAAGGCCACAGUCACGCAGUCUCUGUGGUGUGUGUGCUGGGGAAGAUGAUGGUGACCGCCUGCCUCGACAAACUGAUCCGAGUCUACGACCUGCAGACUCAUGAACAGCUGCAGGUCUAUGGCGGACACCAGGACAUGGUGAUGUGUAUGACAAUCCACAAAAAUAUGAUCUACACAGGCUGUUAUGAUGGCAGUGUGCAGGCCACCAAACUCAACCUUAUGCAGAACUUUCGUUGUCGGUGGCAUGGCUGCUCGAUGGUGUUUGGGAUUUUGGAUCACUUGGAGCACCACUUGUCCCACGCCCACUCCAGCAGCAGCCAGACGCUACGCUGCCGAUGGAAGAGCUGUGAAGAGUUUUUCAGUGGUCGCAUCAGCUCUAAAAAGACGAUGCUUUUGCACAUGCAGAAACACGCGGCAGAAGAGUCCCAAGUGGAGCCUUGA